AUGGCUUUCUUAUGGCGGGCAGUGCUUUCUUCUUCCAGCUGCUGCAGCCUGCUUGUGCUUCUGCUGCUGCUUGUGGCCUCCGGCACAGAGAGCGUGAGCGUCAACGACCGGCCGGCCGACUGCCAAGGCAGGUGCGGCGACGUCGACAUUCAGUACCCGUUCGGCAUAGGCCCCGCGUGCUCGCGCAGCAAGGGCUUCGAGAUCGCCUGCCUUAACAGCAGCGGCGUGCCCACCCUCGCCGGCACCAACUACUCUCUUCCCAUCCAAGUGAAGAACCUGUCGGUGGCUCCCACCCCGGUGGUGCAGGUGAUGCUGCCGGUGGCCUACAGGUGCUACAACUCCAGUGGCGGAACCACCGACUUGUUCCGUGGGCAGAUAGAACUGAACAAGGACGGCGUGUACCGCAUCUCCGACACGCAAAACAUGCUGGUCGUCCUCGGCUGCAACACCUUGGCCUACAACAGCAACGGCGACACCCAAGGCAAAGGCCCCUACAGCGGCCUCUACUACACCGGCUGCGUCUCCUACUGCAACGACUCGCAGAUCGCGCAGGACGGCGUGUGUUCCGGCGUCGGCUGCUGCCACGUCGACAUCUCGCCGGGGCUCACCGACAACGUCGUCACCUUCAACUCCUGGGACCGUGGCUUCCAGGUGGACUUCAGCCCCUGCGACUACUCCUUCCUCGUCGACAAGAAGGAGUAUCAGUUCCGGAGGUCGGACCUCGACAAGGACCUCAACCGGACGAUGCCGGUGUGGCUGGACUGGGCCAUCCGCGAUGGCGACAACGUCUGCCCUCCGCCGGACGUGUUGCAGCAGAACAAGAAGCCGGCCGGGUACGCGUGCGUGAGUGAGAAGAGCCAGUGCGUCAACUCCACCAACGGGCCCGGGUACUACUGCAGCUGCCUCCCGGGCUACCGCGGGAACCCCUACGAAUACGACGACGAAAACCACGGCAAAGGAUGCCUCGACAUCAACGAGUGUACGGACCCCGAGAGGUAUCCGUGCAAAGGCGGCAUCUGCAACAACAUUCCAGGAAAUUACACGUGCCACUGCCACGCCGGUUACCAGUCUCCUGAUCCAAAGACACAAGAUUGCACUCCAAAGUUCCCUGUUGCAUCAAGAAUUGCCCUUGGCAUCAGCUUGGGAUUUUCCUUGUUGAUUGUUGUUGUUUUUAUCGCAUUGAUGAUGUUUCAAAAGCGAAAAAUGAAUGAGUAUUUCAAAAGGAAUGGUGGUUCAGUAUUACAGAAAGUGGACAAUGUCAAGAUUUUCUCCAAAGAUCAACUCAAGAAAAUCACAAAGAACAAUUCAGAGGUUCUUGGUCAAGGGGGCUUUGGUAAGGUCUACAAAGGGACUCUCGAAGAUAAUACUAUUGUUGCAGUGAAGACCUCAAUUGAGGUAAAUGAAGCUCGAAAGGAUGAUUUCACAAAUGAAGUAAUCAUUCAAUCGCAAAUGAUGCAUAAUAACAUUAUCAAGCUUUUGGGUUGUUGCUUGGAGGUGGAUGUUCCAAUGUUGGUGUAUGAGUUUGCAGCUAAGGGGAAUUUGCAAGAUAUUCUCCAUGGUGAUGCCAAUAUCCCUCUACCACUAGAUUUACGUUUAGAUAUUGCAAUUGAAUCUGCUGAAGGCCUAAGAUACAUGCACUCCUCAACAAACCGUACCAUACGACAUGGCGAUGUCAAACCGGCCAAUAUACUUCUAACGGACAAGUUUGUCCCUAAGAUCUCAGACUUUGGGACAUCCAAGCUUCUUACUGUAGACAAAGACUUUACUAUGUUUGUGGUAGGUAGUAUGGGAUACAUAGACCCAGUGUUCCAUAAGACCGGACAUUUGACACAAAAGAGUGAUGUGUAUAGUUUUGGAGUUGUACUCCUAGAGCUCAUAAGUAGGAAGCCAACAAUAUACGGUGAAAAUUGUAGUCUCAUAAUUGAGUUCCAGAAGGCCUAUGAUCAAGAUAACAGUGGGAGGAGGAUGUUUGACAAGGAUAUUGAAAUUGAAGAAGAUAUCCUCAUCGUGGAAGAAAUUGGCAGGUUGGCAAUGGAGUGUUUGAAAGAAAAGGUUGAAGAGCGACCUGAUAUGAAGGAGGUAGCAGAACGGCUUGUGAUGCUACGAAGAUAUAGGAAGGGUGGACGUGGAAGCUAUAAUCUAAGUCCUCGGAACUUUGAGGAGACUAGUAUUGAGGGAACUCCUAAUAGUUUUGGUGCCGAAAUCAGUGAAAGUAGCAGUGCGGCAGUUUCUGCACCACCCACUCCAGCAAACUAAGAACUUUUCAAUAACCGAAUCAUGAUCAAGAACAAAAAAGGUAUAAUAAGAACAAAUAUGUUGACAUAUGUGUUGUCUAUCCGAGUUAUUUCAUUUAGACUAAAUUUGUGCCUUCAAGCAUUUAUCUCCAACUUAUGUUUUCUUUCCUUUUUUUUUGUAAUUUGAAGCAACUUGCAACUUGUCUAGUCUAUCUAUUGUUGUGCUAUUGAGAACUCG